AUGAAACCAACUUUGCUUCUAGUUGCCCUGGUAGCAAUCAUCACCUGUGCCUCGGCAGUUCCGGCACCCCGUGGUCUACUGGAAGACUUCGAAGAUUUCGUGGCUUUAGUUCCGGUCGAUGAUCUGGCAAAGCUGGCUUUCAAUUACUAUCAGAACGAUAAGGAUGUUCAGGACUUUUUCGUUUACCUGCAAGGAAAGGAAUUCUCCACCGUUUGGGAUCAAUUUUUCGCGCUACAUGAAGUAAAGGAUUUGCUGCACUAUUUGAAUGAUGCUGGAGUGCCCGUGUAUGAGGGUUUGAAUUUCGUUGCUGAUUUCCUCGGACUAAACCACGUCAAGCCGGUGCGCGUCGUUCGUAGUUUGAGAACUGGUGGACUAUCUGGGUUCGUCAAUGAAGCUUUGGAACUGUUUCCUAAGGACAAGUUUGAAGCUCUGUUCGAGGAGAAGCUGAAGACCAGUCCGGAGUUUAAGGCUCUGUUUGAGAAGCUGCAGCGCUUUGAUUUCCAUAAGCUGGAGGAGUUCUAUAAUAACUCGAAGGAAGUGCAGUCUCUGUUCGAGAAACUGAGAGAAUACGGCGUUGAUGUCGAUAAAUUCGUGAAACUCGUCGCUGAUUUCUUUGGAUGGGGAAAACACUAA